AUGGCUGCCCGCCCGCGUCUCGAUGACCCGGCGGCGCUCGCGGCCCUGCUGGAACAGCUUGCUGCUUCCGCGGCCGUGCGUUCAGCCCUGGCGGCGAAGGGGUACUCUUUGGCCUACGCACUUGCGGAUCCCUCUGAUCCUGAUGAGGUCAAGGUCUUCAUCCGCACGCUGCUCGGUCUGUCUGACGACACCGUUGCAGCGGGUCUCGUGUCUGCAGACGCGGCCUGUGUCCGUCGCCUGCUGUCCGAGGCUGCCCUGGCGGCACCACCACGUGUCACCCCAGGGCUCUCCACUCUGGGUCUGCCGGUGCCGCCUGCUUCGUCAUCCGCGACUGCCAAGCUCCAGCCCACGGACUUAACGCAUUUGAAGAAAGAUUUCAUGGCUAAGUACCCGGGGGAACUCCUAACUCCGUCAUCCACCCCGUCUCUCGAGUUCCUGUCUCUGCUGAAGCAGCACAGCGACUCUGCCGCUUCCCUCUGGGUCCCGUGGCGCUUGCGCACGUGCUUGGCUGAUGCUGCACGCUGGGAAGAGACGCGCAAACCUCGCAAUGACCGCUCCUUCAUCCGUCAGCCCGAGCCCCCUGGCCCGACGGUCUCGGUCAAUAUGCAGGGUCAUCCGGAGCCGGUCCUGCGUCGUGCGCUGUCUCUGCUGGCUACCGCGUUAGCCAUGUUAGAUCUCGUGCACCUUGCGACCAUAAAGCAAUUUCACGAAAAAUUUCUGUCUCUGGCUCUGGCGGCUCCUCUCGAUCAGGCACUUCGCUCUCCCACCCUUCAGGAGAUCCUUCACGCGGACAGGGCGGUCUGGUCCUCCGUCUACGAGCUCACGAGUGAUCAUGGCUGGAGCCUCCCCGACGCACUUAGCGAAAUCGCUUUCUGUCGUGGUGAGAUGUCGAAGCCCCGUCCACGUCCGCCGCGCAUUCCACCUCCGCCCUCCGCCGACGGUAAAGCUGGCAAGGGUCUGGGCAGAAAGCGUCAGCUGGCCGACGAUUCGUCCGGUCAGGAUUCCGCUGCGGCCAAAGCCAAGGCAAAAGCAGCAGCGGCCAAGGCCAAGACGGCUGCCAAUCCGCCUCCGAAAGGCUGGGACCCGUCCUGGUGCAAGACCAUCGGGGAUAAAGAGGCCUGCAUGCGUUUCGCAGUCGGCAAAUGCACUAAGACCGACUGUAAGUUUGUGCACGGCUGCCCGGACCCCGCUGUUGCUACCAGUCCCUCGCCUGCCGUGCCUCUCCCUCCUGCGGCCGACACGACACUUCCCUCUCCGCCUCUGCCUUUGUCUCUCCUUGGCUCGGCAUCCUCAGCGGUCUCGCCGAUUCCUGCUCCUGCUCUGCGUCCUUUUCGGGCGGACGGUUUGACUGCUGUCCUGGGCCCACCGUCGCCGUCGACUGCCAACCCAGCGGCUUGGUGGGUGCUGCCGGUGCUGCUCCGCCUUGUGCAGCCUUUUCAAGGUCCCGCUUGCGUCCUGGCCAGGGUUUCCUCUGUUCUGCAUCAUCGAACGCGCCAUCUUCUCUGUCUGGUUGACUCCCGCGGCGGUUUCAUUUGGGUGGAGAAUCCCACCUCCUCCCUGUUGUGGUUGGAUCCAGACGUUGUCUCAUGGCUCCGGCUGUUCUGCCGCCACGUUGCUACGGUUGCUGGCUGCCAUCACGGCCUGGACCAACACAAGGCUUGGUCCUUUUGCUCUAACUCCCCGGAGUUCGCGACCCUUGCAUGUGUCUGCCCUCACCCUCUAGGCUUUCACGCCAAGGUGUCCGGAAAGCGCUUGGCGGAUGGAUCCUUUGCCACUCGCCUUUCUGCAUGCUACCCUCCGUCCUUGGCUGCAGCCCUGGCACGCAUAGCGGCUCCUUUGUUUUCGGAUGCCUUGCCGCAGCAGCCCUACCCCCUUGCGGCUUGGCUGCAGCUGUUGCCGUCUCGCUUUAUUUGGCCUGCUCGGUCCCACAGGGUUGAGGACGGUGCUGGUACUUGCAGUACUGCCUCCCCGAGGCCAGUUUCCUCUGACCCGCUGUCCUCGCUGAGGGCAGCUUGGACCAAACGACUGCUUGCGUCCGGUCUUGCCCAACGCAUUGCUGCUUCCCUGAACUCCGGGUCCAAGUCUCCUCCGUUGUCUGAGGCUGAGGUUGCUCCUUUUCUGGAUGACCUCCGUUCCUUUCUGCAUGUGGAGGACGACACUAUCUGGAAACGUCUGCUUCUGGUCCAAGAGGGUCAGCCGUUUCGGCUCAAUCUCUGGCACUGUCUCUCGCUGGUUUGUGCAGACCCGGACUCGGGAUACUUUGAUCUUCUCCGCUCUGGCGUCCCCUUAGGCGUGCCAGAGCCCAUUCCCCCGUGCCCGGUUAUGCAUCCCCCUCCUUCCCCUGACGCCACGGUCAUCCCGCUUCAGCAUUGUGAGUCUGCCUGGAAAUUUGCCAUUGAUCAUGCAGAUGUGGUGGAUGAGUUGCUCGAAGCUGAGCUGGCCGAAGGUUGGAUCGCUCUGGUUCCGGGAGGGGAUGCCGAGCUGCGCCGCCGCUACAAUCGUACGGCGGUCGGCAAACUAGGAGUCGUGCUGGCUGAGGGACGUCCUCCGCGUCUGGUGGUCGACAGCUCUGUGUCUGGCGUCACGAGCAACACUGCUCUGCCCAACCGUUCUGCUAACCCCACUCUGUCGGACGUCUUCUUUUGUAUGCCUCUCUCCGACUCCACGGAACGGCUUGUCGCUUUGAUACUGGAUGUUGCAAAAGCGCAUCGCCGUAUUCUGAUUCGUGCACUUGACCGCGGUCUUCUUUGCUUCCGCCACCGUGGAAAGCUGUAUCAGUGUCUCACACUGAAUUUUGGGGCCCGCGUGUCAUCGUUUUACUGGGCCCGCGCAGCCGGUCUGCUACUUCGCCUGGUACACCGCAUUGUCCGUGUCCGACACUCGGCUCAGAUUUACGUUGACGACAUCCUGGCACUCUUGGAUGCCAUUUCUGCCCCGCUUUGGGCCUCCUUAAUUGUCGUCCUUCUUCUGGUUCUGCGUGUGCCCAUGUCAUGGCACAAAGCUGCUUUGGGCCCGUCUGUUGUUUGGAUUGGCUGGGAGUUUAAUUUGUCGCAUUUUUGCGUGAAGUUGGACCCCGGCAAGUUUACACGGCUCUGUGCUCUGCUCCGGCAGGCCCUUUCGUCCAAACGCUGCUCCUGUCAUUUGUUGGAGCGUGUCACGGGCAAGCUCCUCUGGCUGUCUUCUCUGUUCCGUACAUUCCGCCCUUCUCUGGCUCCGCUUUACUCAGACCAGCAUGCUUUGCUGCCCACCAUGACAGCGCUUCAACCUGAGCGGUGGCCCGAACUCUUGCAGGCUCUCUCUCCGGACCUCAUCCUGCUGCGUCCAAUUGGUGUGGCUGCCCUUCCGCCGGGUUCCAAGAUCCUACGUGUCAAUCAAACUGCGGUUUCUUGCCACGGUGACCUUCCGCUGCAGGCCCCUGAUGCCCGUCGCAUCUGGCUUCAGUCUUCGUCUCCGCACACCGGGAUGUGUGUUCUCUCGGACUCUUCGCAGGAGGUGCUGAGACUCUGGUUGGAUCUCUGCCAGUCUGGCACGGCCGUUCGUUCCUUGCUGCGCCCGCCCCUCUACGUCUGUGAAGCCUUUGCUGACGCCUGCGCCACCGAGCUCUCCGCGGGGCUCGGCGGCUUCGUUCGUUUACCGGACGGGCGCCAACUCUUUUUUCGUCAGUCUUUUGACCGUCAAGAGCUUCAUAGACUCUUUUCCUGGUUCCCUGAGACCGCUUCUGCUCAGGCCUUUAUCGCCAGUUGGGAACUGUUGGCACAGUGCGCUCUGGUUGUCUUAUUGGACGUCCUGCUGGGACCAGGGCACCUGCCAGUGCACUGCGUCUUCAAAUGCGAUAACUCUGCUGCUGAUGCAGCGAGCUGGAAGGGUCUGUCUAUGGCCAAGGGCCUUUGCUCUGUGCUCCGCUCUUUCCUGCUCUGCCAGCAGGCGCGUCGUAUUUCCGUUUACAUUGAUCACGUUCCGGGAUUGUCGAAUGACGUCGCGGACGCUUUAAGUCGCUCUGCCGACCCUGCGUCUCUGGGGUUCGAGAUGUCCCAGGAACAUUGCAUCUCUUGGGACCAGUUUCCGUCUUCUCCGGAUCUGUCCCUAUUCCCGUCUGCGGCGGAUUUUUCUGGUUUCCUGUGCCCGGGUGGCUCUUGCUCUGCUUGA